AAAAAGAAUCAUUUAUCCCCCCCCCCCCCCUUUUUUUUUCCUUCUUUACGCUUCCCUACAAUAUCUCCCUGUCUUUUCCCUUUUUCCUUUUCUUUCCCAGUUCUCUGCUUGACAGGACAUUGAAACCCCAAAGUUCUGUGUGUGAACAUCACGCAAUUCACACACAGCCCUGCAUAAGAACCCUCAUUAUUGGAUCAGCAUAAGGAAAGGCGUAACCAGAACCCCAUCCUACCUACAUACACAUACACGUAAAAAAGGAAAAAAAAAAGAAAAAUAGAGCGCCAUGUCCAACGUUCUUGGUCCUAUUGUGGCUCGCUACAGCCUCUUUUUUUCGUUAGUAUUGUCAGAUUCUUCCCGACUAGCUCGAUCAAAGCAUCCUCGACAGGUUGUACAAGAACUUGUCCUCCAAGCGCAAGAACGCUUCCAGUCGCGAUAUUAUGCAAAUUCAGCUGAGUCAAAAACACUUUCCAGAAAUGUCUCGACAACAUCAUCAUCCUCCAACACGACGCAAUAUUCCCUAUCCUCAGCUUCUUCCAUUGCAUCCUCUGCAUCGACCAGAGCAUCGUCCAUAUCCUCCACGUGCUCAAACGUCAAUGGUUCAUAUCGAAACAUGAAUUCAAUUCCCAUCAAAAAAAGGGAAAUGAUCGGUGAUGACUGUGGUGGCCCAACCGCAAGCCUCGAACGCCUCGUAGUCGAUUCUCAUCAUGUCACGAUUUUGCCUUCCCCCCCGCCCUCACCAACGUCAAUGUACAUAGCCAAAGAGACUUCCAUACUCCCAGGCAAAUCAUUGAUGCCAAUCACGCCAACUCGUACACCCUCUACAUCUUCUUCUUGCUCCGCAGCUUAUGAUCCUUCAACCCAUAGAGCUCAGUCUAGAGAGGACAAAAUCGCGCAACGUCGUCGACACAGACAGACAAGUUCGGUUGCAACACUGCUCUCAAUUGCCCUCACAGUCAUUCUGUUAAGCCUACUGCAAAAUAGACGGCAUUGCCUCAAAAAACAAAACCGUCAGUCUCACCGUCGAUCCUUGAGCGCUCAUCAUAAACAUCAACUUCGCCAACGUCAUCCAAUCCUUUCCUCCCAGCUUUCGCAACACCGACUAUCAGAGCACCAUCACACCUCCAACCGUUUGAUCCACACUCAAGAACACCAGUUCUUCCCUGUGGAAGCAUCCAAGGAGAAUUAUGUCUCAACUUGGCUAGGACAUCAAGGUUAUUACCGAAAUGGUAAUGUCUCCGAGCAACUUCCGUGGGAUGCGGUUGAGAGCAGAGAAAUCUUUUUCUCUCAAAACAAUCGCACGGUCAACGCCACCAAGCCAACGGGUGGACAAUACUCUCUCCAGAACCAUGACGAUCCUUCUCUUCUACAUUUCCCGCGUCAUCGUCGUGCUCUUUCAAUGACGAACCCAAACACAUCCACGGCUACGUUCCAGUCUCAUUUUUCUUCAAAUCACGGAGAAUACUACCAUGUUACUGAUCCAGUCUUCCAGAUGCAUCAAUAUCGCCUCCACCACUUCCCAUACAUCGACCAGCGUUUUCAGCUGGUGUCGGCACCUCCAGCUGUUGAGCCAGCUUCGUUUGUAUAUGGGCCUUCCAUGAAGUCGGCGGAUGAGCUUGCUUGGGAGCGACAUAACUAUUACCAACGUCUCCAACAAGAGGAAGAAGAGUUGGCGCUGAAAAUGCUACAGGAGAAAGGUAGCCCGGAGGACCAUGUGCUGCCCACGUCCUCAUCUUCGCGUCAAAGAUACUCUAGCCAGGAUUAUGUUGUAAGAGCUGGCUCCUUGAAUCGACUGGCAUCACCUCCAUUGUUAUCAAAGGAGACCUCUCGUAUUCUAGGCCUUUGCCGCUCCAAUACACUGUCAGCAGCCAAGCGAAUGAGCCUAACAAAGAAGCGUCCAGCUAGCCGCUGUUCAUCAAGCACAACAGCAACAUCAUCGAUCGUGAGCAUUGAAAGCAAUGACGCCAACAUGGCACCACAUGCUGGAGCUUGCGCCGAGAACAGCAUUCGUACAGCCUCUCGUACUGGUUCGACGGUAGAAGAGACUACUCCUACUCCAGCUUACACUUCAGUUGCUCCAUCAUUGACUCGGAAAAAAACGCUAAAAGAGCAUUUGACGCCACCAUUGCGUUCGCUUGCAAGGCGCUGCUCAGCUCGUUUUACUAGCAAUGGAAGCAAUAACAAUGGACGACCCAUCUCUUUUGCUGGUAUAAGAAGUGAUCCCAUCGUCGAUUAUCCUCAAGGAAGACGCUCGCUUGGCUCUCGUGCAAGUGGAAGCUCCAUUUCUGCCUCUACCUCCGCAUCAUCGUCAUCACACAUGUGUGAUUUCAAACCUCUGCAGCUCGGACCUGAAACAAGCGAAAUGUUGCGACAACAAAGUCAGCAGCAAGAGGCGCCAUCAGUGUCCUCAACCCCAUUGCCAGCAACUGAGCCAGUUCCGGUGCAUAGAUCUGUGGGAUUGUUUCGAUCCAAGACCACUCGCCCCCAAGGUUCCGCAUCCAUGGUAUCUGGAGGAAGCUCGGCCAAACAUGCAGAAACGCUUCCAUUUCACAAGAAAAACUCGCUGAGAUUGGCCAACGGUCGUGGAUUAGACUUUUUGACAGUCUUACCCUCUCCCUCAGUAGAGCCUAAUUCAAGAGGUAGCUUGAAUGGCCUUUUCAAUGCCAGUGAAAGUGCAACAUUAGCAGAAUCAGCAGUCAUGAAUGCAGAAGAACACGAGGCAAUGCGCAAGGAGAUCAUCGCCAUGUUGUCAUUGGGCCGCAAGGAUCUGCGCCGCAAACCGUCGACCGUGCCCAUGUCAACGUCUACGCCUCUUCCCUCACCUCCCCAAUGCCUUUCACCCUUGGCAUUGGAGGCCCAGGAAGACUUGUACUCGGUCCAAGAACAUGAGCAAGAAGAGCAAGAAGGACAGGACCAAGAGGACUCAACCUUGUAUCCCCUUGAGUCUGACUUGCAGGACCCUUGCAAGAAGAUUGCAUUUAUGCUCGUACCCAAAUCUCGCUACGAGUUUCAGCCUUUAGUGGUGCAGUAAUUCAAUGGAGUCUAAACAGACCCCAUCCUCAUCUUUACAUUUGUAUAUAUGUAUAUCACUCUUCAUUUUAUGUUGUAAAUAGCUAUCAUCUUAUUUAUAUGUUAUACCCUCACACACCAUCCAUAUCUCGUUUUCAUCAUCAUCAUCAUCAUGUUAGACUUGUACCAAUGCAUUAAAAGGACUAUUAAAAUAA